AACUUUGUUGUUUUCACUAAGUGCAAAUCGAAGCACAUUUGCGGCGGUCGUGAAAUAAUCCGAUUAAAUCGCGUUUAAUUAGCAUUUAAAUUAUGGUGUUCACAUCGGUCGUGAAUUUCGUGCGUGCGCGCGGUCCGGACGAGUUCUGGCGAAAGCGCAAAAUCUUCAAACUGGCCGCGCACUACAUGGGACGGCCCCGGAACUGCUACGGGAUUACGAUUCGCAGCGUGCACCGGGCGUUGGCGUACGCCACGAAGGGGCGAGCUUUGAAGAAGCUGGAUAUGCGUGAGCUGUGGACGCAGCGGAUAAAUGCGGGCUGUGAGCAGCAUGGGCUGCAGUAUCCGGCGUUUCAGGACGGGUUGUACCGGAAUGAUGUGUUGUUGAACAAGAAAGUACUAGCGGAUUUGGCCAUUUGGGAACCGAGAACGUUCGAGGCGUUGGCACGGAUCAGUGAGCAGUUUCCAGAGGAAGACCAGGGGUCGUCAACGAAAAAGUAAGCAAUAAAACAAUGGUAGUGUAAAUAAGA